GAACUCUUAUUUUGGCUCUCUGCUAAAAUCAUCACAGUCAUGGCUGAAGAAGAAGCUAACAAACCCCAAGCACAGCCACAACCACAACCUCAGACUCUGUCUGAGGCUGUUGACUCUUCACCACCUUCUGCUUCCACUGUUAAAGAGAGCGAUUCCCCCAAGGAAGACCCUCCAAACGGCGUUGCUCAAGCUCCUCCUUCUGCUGUUCAAAAGGCUGCAGAUCCUCCUGCCAAGAACGAUUCAAAAGAUUCAGUCGAUAAAGAUUCUGUGCUUGCAAGAGUUGAGACAGAGAAGAGAUUGGCCUUGAUCAAAGCAUGGGAAGAAAGUGAGAAGUCAAAGGCGGAUAACAAGGCAUACAAGAAACAUUCAGCUGUUGGACUGUGGGAGGAACGCAAGAAAGCAUCAGUGGAAGCACAGCUCAAGAUAAUUGAGGAAAAACUGGAGAAGAAGAAGGCAGAGUAUGUGGAAAAGAAGAAGAAUAAAAUAGCAGAGAUUCACCAGUUAGCACAGGAGAAGAGAGCAGUGGUUGAAGCUCAAAGAAAGGAAGAGUGCCUCAAGGUUGAAGAAACGGCUUCCAAGUUUCGUGCCAGUGGCUAUACUCCAAGAAAAUUUCUUGCGUGCUUUAGUGCCUGACCUGUUUCAUCCACCUUACUCUUUGGUCUUGCCUUGCUUUGCUUCUUGCAUAUUUUGAAUUUGCUUCAAAGUCUUUCGUUUCUUACUGCGUACUGUAAAAAAUAAUAAUAAUAAUAAUAAAAUUUGUUUGCGGUUGUUCUGGUUACUUCAAGUGUUUGUAAUAAAGCUUAUGAAUACCAUCAAAUAAAGUUACCGAUUUGUGUUUAA